GGAAAACGCUGGAGCUUUGAUCAUGAAGGGAGGGGUGCUGGCGUUCUUAGCUAAACUUUUGGGAGGACGACGGAUCCUCGAGAAAUUGAUGCAAGGACCAUCAAUCGUAGCCAAUACGUUCUACAAGGUUCAAGUACAUCUGCCCAACGAUACGCACUCUGAAUGUCUCCUUCAGGAUCAGGUAACGAUGGGAGAAGAACGAGCAGUCUACGGAUUCAUGGAACAGAUUGACGCAUAUCCUCGUUCGUUAAUCCCCACUGACGAACUUUUAACAAAAUACUUCCCGCCUUACUCGCAUGGUUGGACGGCUGACUGCUCAAACUUAAUUAUGGAUGUCCUCGACCGCAUCAGACAGAGGACAGCCGAAGUGCUCACAGAAGUCGGUUGGAAGGAAUAUAUCCAGAAGUACGCUAUCGACCACAGCCUGACUUAUGUCUAUCGAGUUACGCAAGACGACUCCAACUACGGGCAAUCCUUGCUACAGACCGCCUACCCUACGAGCUGGAAGAGGAUUAAGCUAGCUGAAAUCAUGCUGCCAGAGGUGUUUGUCGACUUUGAUGAUAUUGACUAAGGGGCCAUUACAGCGUGGGGGGGCUUUGGAACGGAAACAGG